AUGGCCCCGUUAAGAAUACCCUCGUCGGAUCUCUUCACAGAUGAUUUGACUGAUUUUUUCAAUUAUUCCACUCAAACUCCACAUCAUUACCACGAGACCCGGCAUCAUGGGAGACACAGGAAUCAUUCGCACAGAGAGAAUCACGUGAAGAAUCACAACGUGGCGGAUUUAUUAUCGAAUUCAAUAAUGGAUGUGAUAAAUACGAGGUUUGUUGAUAACAGCGUGCUGCCGGACUUGGAGCCGCUGUCGACGCAUAUAGAGUUGGAUCGUUACCCGAUGAAGAUGAACAUAACGAUGAACCGUUCCGAUUUGGGGGUGAUGAGUGAUGAGUUUAUGUAUAGACAUAGUGGGGCGAUGACUGCGGUGUACUGUGCGGCGUACUUGUUGGUGUUCGUGGUGGGUCUGAUCGGGAACUGCUUCGUGAUAGCGGUCGUGUACCGCUCGCCUCGAAUGAGGACGGUGACGAACUUUUUCAUAGUGAAUCUGGCGGUGGCAGACAUAUUGGUCAUCGUGUUCUGCCUGCCGGCUACGCUCAUGUCUAAUAUCUUCGUUCCUUGGGUGCUGGGCUGGUUGAUGUGCAAGACAGUGCCCUACGUCCAGGGCCUCUCCGUGGCUGCAUCAGUCUACAGCCUGGUGGCUGUCUCUUUGGACAGAUUCCUCGCAAUCUGGUGGCCGCUCAAAUGCCAGAUCACCAAGCGGCGCGCCCGGAUGAUGAUCGUCUUCAUAUGGAUAUUUGCGAUCGUCGUCACAACGCCAUGGGUCUUUUUCUUCGACCUGGUCGUGGUUUUCGAAGACAACCCAAGUGUGCGACUGUGCCUCGACGUCUGGCCAAAUCCCCUCAGCGAGAUUUUAUACUUCGUCAUUGGAAAUCUCAUUUUCUGCUACAUUUUACCCAUGGUCCUCAUAACAAUGUGCUAUAUCCUCAUCUGGAUCAAAGUUUGGCGACGUUCCAUCCCUACCGACACUCAGGACGCUCAAAUGGAGAGGAUGCAACAAAAAUCCAAAGUCAAAGUCGUGAAAAUGCUUGUGGCUGUUGUAAUUCUCUUUGUUUUAUCGUGGUUCCCGCUCUAUCUCAUAUUUGCAAGAAUAAAACUUGGAGGUCCAGUGCAAAAAUGGGAAGAAGACAUGUUCCCAGUUGUGACGCCACUAGCUCAGUGGUUAGGAGCAUCCAACUCCUGCAUCAAUCCAAUUUUGUACGCGUUCUUCAAUAAAAAGUAUAGAAAGGGAUUCGUUGCUAUCAUCAAGAGCAGAAAAUGCUGCGGGAGGCUGCGUUACUACGAAACUAUUGCUUUGCAAUCAUCGAGUACGUCGACAAGAAAGUCUUGGCAUUACAAUAAUAAUAACCAUGCCUCAAUAACUCGUCGCUCGCCACCAAUGGAUAAGAACGCGGUGUCCUUUAUUUUUAACCACACCGGCGUGUAG